GAUCCACAAAGGGCUAACAGAUACUCCCAUCAAGUGAAGAUAAGAUAAUGGAUGUUCCCCCACUGGUACUACUCCUCUGCCUUCACACUUUGCUUCUCCUCCUCCAUCAUACCCGUUGCAAAACCUUAAACACAAUCAGCCCGACCAUUCCUCUUCAUGACGGCGAUGUUUUGUUAUCUGAGAACAAAAACUUUGCUCUCGGGUUCUUCAGUCCCAGCAAUUCUACCCGCCGCUUCAUUGGGACUUGGUACAACAAGGUUAGUGAACACACAGUUUUCUGGGUGGCUAACAGAGACAGGCCAAUCAAUGACACCUCUGGCGUAAUCUCGAUCAACUGCCAUGGAGACCUUGUCCUCCACUGUUGCAACAAUGGAAGCUCAACCCUCUGGUCGACGAAUGUUUUGACCACAAGUUCAGACAAUGCCACCGCUGCCCAGCUACAAGACACUGGCAACUUCAUUCUGCUCCAAAGGCUAGGCAAUCGUGUCCUGUGGCAGAGCUUUGAUCAUCCAUCAGAUACCCUUAUGCCUUUCAUGAAACUCGGGCUGGACUGGAGAACCGGCAUGGAUUGGGUCCUGACUUCCUGGCGGUCUGAGGAUUUCCCAGGACCGGAGAAUUUCACGUACAGGUUCGACCCGACGGGUUACCCGCAAAUAUUUCUCUGCAAGAAUGCGGCUCCACUUUGGCGGACAGGGCCAUGGACGGGCCUGUGUUGGAGUGGCCUCUUCGGCAUGAGCAGCAAUUACAUCUUCAACUUCAGCUUUGUGAAUGACCAUGAAGAGGUCUCAUUUUCCUAUUGGAUGAGGAAUGCUUCGAUCUUCUCCAGGUUGGUGAUAGAAACCAGCGGCACGAUCCAGCGGUCCACUUGGCAUACCCAGGAUGGCCGGUGGAAUGAGUUAUGGAGGACACCAGUGGAAGAUUGCGACUACUACAUGGCUUGCGGGCCUAACAGCAACUGCAACCCGUAUAACGCAGACCAGUUCAGAUGUACUUGCCUUCCCGGGUUUGAGCCCAGGUCGCCGGCAGAUUGGUUCCUCAGGGAUGGGUCUGGUGGAUGCAUAAGGUCCCCUGGGGCCUCUACAUGCCGGAGCAGGGAAGGAUUUGUCAAGGUGGCCCUUGUGAAACUCCCUGACACUUCCCGAGCGUAUGUCGACAUGGGCUUGAGCCUCAAAGAGUGUGAGCAGGAGUGCCUGAAGAACUGUUCAUGCACAGCCUACACGAGCGCUGAUGAGAGAAAUGGAGGCUUCGGGUGCUUGGCAGGGUAUGGUGAUCUGCUGGAUAUGAGGACAUAUUCUAAUAUUGGGCAGGAUUUAUAUAUACAGGUUGAUGCAGCCAUUUUAGCUCGUUUGACGAAGAAGGAUGGAUCUCCUAGGAAGUGGUUAAUAGGGGUAACCUUAUCAGCUGGGUCGAUUCUGGCGUUCCUGGUUGUCUUAUUUAUGAUGAAGAAAAGGCACCGGAGAACAAGGCCUUCUGCUACCCCAAGUGCUGCACAUUUUGGGGAUGAUGAAUCUUGGAAUAUGCAGGACAUCGAAUAUGACAGCAGAACCUCCGAUUUGCCAUUCUUUGAGCUGAGUGCCAUAGCCACCGCCACAAACAAUUUUUCUUUCAUCAACAAGCUGGGGAAAGGUGGCUUCGGUUCAGUUUAUAAGGGAGUACUAGAUAACGGAAUGGAAAUAGCGGUUAAGAGAUUGUCAAAAUCCUCUGGACAAGGAAUCAGAGAGUUCAAGAACGAGGUCACAUUGAUUGCUAAGCUGCAGCACAGGAAUCUUGUGAAAAUCCUAGGUUGCUGUAUCCAAGGAGACGAGAAAAUGUUGAUUUAUGAAUACAUGCCAAAUAAAAGCCUGGACUCAUUUCUUUUCAAUGAAGAGAAGAGGUCUCUACUCGACUGGAGAAAACGCUUUGAAAUCGCUAUGGGGAUAGCUCGAGGGAUCUUGUACUUACACCAGGAUUCGAGGCUGAGAAUCAUCCACCGGGAUCUAAAAGCGAGCAACGUGUUGCUCGAUGCUUCCAUCAAUCCGAAAAUCUCCGAUUUCGGCAUGGCUAGGAUAUGCGGAGGGGAUCAGGUUGAAGGAAAUACUAGACAAGUUGUAGGGACCUAUGGUUACAUGUCAGCAGAGUAUGCGAUGGAGGGGCUGUUUUCGAUAAAAUCUGAUGUUUACAGUUUCGAAGUUUUGUUGUUGGAGAUCAUUUCCGGAAAAAGAAACAGCAGCUUUUACCAGGAGAAUUCUUCUUCCAACCUAAUUGGCCAUGUAAGGGAGCUAAUCAGCCAUGAUAACACACAUUAAUUUUCAAAUUUGAAUAUUGAGAAUGUCAUACUCCUAAAGGCAUGGGAGUUGUGGAAUGAAGAAUCUUGCUUGGACAUUGUUGACCCAUCAAUGGACAUCAUGUAUCCCGAGCAUGAAGUCCUGAGAUGCAUCCAGAUCGGUUUGUUGUGUGUGCAAGAAUUCCCAAUGGAUAGGCCAACCAUGUCCACGGUUGUGUUCAUGCUGGGGAACAGAACGAGGCUUCCUUCACCGAAGCAGCCCGGUUUUGCUUUCAAGAGGACACAGGGCAGAGCUGACGCCUCUUCUUCUGGUGAAAGGACCAACUCAGUAAACGACAUGUCCCUUACUGUUUUCGAAGCUCGCUGAGGUGCAGUUUUCUACUGGGAUUGGUACAUGAAGCAAAUGUAUUAGCUUUGAUGGACCUAUUGUGAAGUGUGUUGUGUUUUUUUUUUCUUCUUCUUUUUCAUCAUAAAGGGGCUAAUAAGUUCCACCAGCAAGGAAUGAACUCUGAACCUCUUUAUUCUGAGUCGACACCUUGUGUCACUACACUUAAAGCAAAGUGUUCAGUGUAUAAGAAGUUUGAACAAUACAAAACAUAUCAUGUGUUAGAUGAUAUGAUAUGCUAAGAAGUUGCG